UUGGAAAACAUUUUUUUUGAGCAGUGUUUGUUUGGAUCGCUUUAUCUUCGGCUUUGGUCCGAGAAUGAAUUUCGGUUUCUCACUCUUCUAGUCUUCUCUGCGCAGAAACAAACUGGUCUUGGAGAGAGAGAGAGAGAGAGAAAGAGAGAGAGAGCUCAGAGGCAAAAGCAUAGUGAAAGAGAAGAGAGCCAUUUGCGUCGUCGUUUUGGAGCUUAAGCAACUGUGAAUUGAGCUACAAGAGAAGAACGACGCCGUAGUGUCCACGCUCUUGAAGAACCCUAAUUCUCUUCGCUUGGAUCACAGUGAUAAUUUUAAGAGAUGCUGCUGUGGAUAUUUCAUGCCAUUUUGGAGCACACCUCUUGUUUCAAAUGUACUUAUUAAGCAUGUGAGAAUGCCUUUAAGCAGAAUUGCAGGGAUGAGGCAGUCUGAUGUGUAAUGAUCAUAGCGAUUUUCCACAACAUCAAUUAGCUGGGAAAAUUUGGUGCCUGGAAAUUUAAUGCCAGGUAACGAAAUUGAAGGCAGGAUCCACAAAUUAUAUGAGCUAGAUAACUUUUCUCAUCAAUCUCAAGUUGCGGAUGGUAAUUGGCCUGUGCUUUACAAUCAGUGGCAUGAAAAACAAAGAGAGAUCAGUGAACCUCUAAGUUUCAAUCUGAAGAGUAACGUGCAACAAUUAGAUUCUGUGAGAGGACGUGGCAAUCAAUCCUUGACUUUUGAUAAAAAUUAUACACAAGUGGCUCAGAGACCUGGAUUGUCCAAUAUUCAAACUACAGACCCACAUCUGAAGACGAAUGGCUUUAUGCUUGGACGACAGGAUUUUGGAGAAAGGCAGAAUCAACUUCAGUUUUUGGGUGAGAGCACAGUUUUUUCUCCACAUAAUUUAACUUCGAGAGGCUUAUCCAUCCUUCAAUCAGAGCAAGAAAAUGCAUCAGGUGAUAGCCCCACCCUGACAACCAAUUCAGAAAGGUCUGAAAUUACUGAGGCUUCCACUGAGUUUAACUUUGUUGGAAAGCAGCAGCAACUUGUGAGGUGUCAACAGCAAGGCAUUCCACAACUUCACUCAAUGCAGCAGUCUGGGUACACUGACAUGCAGUUGUUGCAGCAGCACGUGAUGUUUAAGAACCUGCAAGAACUUCAGAGGCAGCAGCAACUGCAACAAUUUGGUGAUACAAGGCAACAGAAUUCAGUAAAUCAGCUCUCUGCAAUGAAUAAGCAGGCUGCUGGGGUUCAGUUUUCACCUCUCAUCAAUGGAACACCUGUUAAUGAUACAUCACAAAUGUUUAUGAACUGGGUGCAGCGAGGUGGAUCUCCUGCUGGGCAAAAUGUAUCUAAUAGAGUCAUUUUUUCUCAAGAGCAAGGUCAGACUUUGAGUUCAAUGGGUCCAGCUCCUCAGCAGUUCGAUGUCUCUUUAUAUGGUACUCCUGUUGCUAGUGGAAGAGGGACUAUGAAUCAGUAUUCCCAUCUUCAGGCAAUGUCUCAUGAUUCUGAAAAUUUGUUAAUCAAGGCUAGCGAUCAAACACAGAAGCCUGUUAUGCAGUCAUCAGGCUUCACUAACCCCUUUGUAGGUGAGCAUUGCACUACUGCUUCUCCGGAGCAGGCUUACUUGCCUCAAGGGGCUUUCAUUUCCAAACAAGGAUUUCAGGGAAAGAAUGUGCUUGGACAAGUUACUAAUCAGGGUUUGAAUUGUGGAUCUACAUUGGGCAACCUCCAGCAAGGGAAUACGUUGCAAGCAAAUACAUCACUGCAGGAAAUCAGUGGAAAGCAAGAUCCAGCUGGUUGGCCUGGAACCUUUCAGAAAAAAACAAUGCAGCAUGGCUCUUCACCACAGGGUUUGGUUCCCCUAGAUCCAAUGGAAGAGAAGAUUUUGUUUAACACAGAAGAUAAUUUUUGGGAUGCUUCUAUGGUAAAGCGCAGUGAUAUUGGUGCUGGAGGCUUUGGAAAUGCACUUGAACAGACAGGAUAUUCAGAUGCAUUUCCUUCUCUCCAAAGUGGAAGCUGGAGCGCACUUAUGCAGUCUGCUGUAGCAGAAGCUUCUAGUAGUGAUACUGGGCCGCAGGAGGAGUGGAGUGGAUUGACUUUUCAGAAUACAGACUUGUCAACUGGUAAUCAGUCUUCAAACAUCUUGGACAGUGAGAAGCAACAAGGAAGUUGGGUUGAUAACAACCUGCAGAGUGCCUCUUCCUUAAGUUCAAAACCUUUUCCCAUGCUUAACGAUUCCAGUGUUAAUUCUAGCUUUCCUGGCUUUCCACAGCCAGGCAUUCAAUUCCCAACAGAGCAUAGAGAAGGGCUUCACCAGGAUGAAUAUCAUGAAUCCAUUCAGAAGUCUCCCAAAAACACCAGUGAGUGGUUGGAUCGCAACCCUCAACAAAAGCUAUCUGUGGAGAGAAGUCAACAGGUACAACCACAUUUGCGUUUGGACAACACAUGGACCAGUCAAAUAAAUGAGCACUCAGAAUGUGAUCCACGUGAGCAGAGAAUAGACUCCUAUGGUAUUGUUGGUCAACCAAGUGGUAAACCAGAAGGUGAGAGUGAAGCCAUGUACAAGAGGAACUCUGAUGGUUCUCUGUGGAAGAGGGACAGUGAUUGCAGGGUAAAUUCAUUUUCCAGAUCAACUGGACAAUUGGAGCAAGUACAAUCUGGCUCAGAGGAUACUCUGAGGAACAGAGAAAAUUCACAUGUAUUUAACUUUCAUUCCUUGCAAAAUUCACACAUAACUAAGGUCCAUCAGGAAACCAGUCACCAAGUCCAAGAUAAUAAUAAGCUUGAUUACAUGAAACGUAUCAUAUUUAGCAACAAAGAGGAGAAUGAGGGCAUCAGAGAAAAACAGCAUCAACUGAGUAAUAGCUCUCAUGUUAUUGGGAACUCUUAUGGGAGGGAGGGCGAAACAUAUGAGCAACAGCAAAAUUGCUACCAAAGCGACAACACUUAUGACAGUAAGCGAGCUGAUACAUCUACUACCGUCUGCAGAUCGGGGGAUCCUAGUGGCAUGCAUGUCACUGCACGAACAAGCAGUCAAAAUAUGUUUCAUCUUCUUAGCAAGGUUGACCAGUCGAAGGAGAACAGCUCUAUAGCACAAUUUGGGCCUUCUGGAUUUAAUCCAUUAUCCGAGGUAACUGAGGCAAAAACUCAUGGAGCAUCUGUUGCUCAUAUGUACAAUCAGUCUUCUGCUUCUCAAGGUUUUGCUUUGAAAUUGGCUCCUCCAUCUCAGCGGCAGUCCAAUUCAAACACUCUCUUCUCCUCUCAGGGUAUGCUACAACCAGAAAGUAAUCCAAAUCAAAUGCAAAUGGAUUCUGAUUUAGGAGAGAAAAGCCAGAGCUGGUUACCUACUCCGUCAUCCUCUCAAUCUUUGCCCCAAUCACAUGAAUCAUCACCAAGAGCCCGUUGGGAUGAUAAAUUUAGUAUUGCGGGACAAUCAAGCAUCUCUUCAUCUUAUAUGCAUGGGAGCUCUAUUGCAGAAAUUACAUCCAGUCCUACAUUUCCAAGGAAUCAGCUUCAAACACAACAUCUGUUUAGUGUGCCUGGAGCAGGUCCAUCUACACAGGCAACAUUACCUGGUAUUGCCAGCAGACAUUCACCUUCCAACCUUGCUCUAUCUCAAGGUACUUCUCAGCAGAUUUUUAUCAACCCUGGUGGUCAACAAUUCCCUGUUCUUGAAGCUGUGCCAGCAUCUCAGUCUCCUUAUAUGUCAGGCAUGCCUGCACGGGGUGGAGCUUCAGUGAGGCCACAGGGUUUAUGGACAAAUAACCCAAGUCAGCAACAUCUUUCUGGUAUGGAAACUCAAAAGCUUUCUUUGAUAAAUCAUGAUAGCAUGGAUGCUACUCCGUUGGCUUCAGAGCUAAAUAGUCUAAACACUCAAGAAGGUGGAUAUAGGUCAUCGGAAUUUGGUGCCUCUUCUAUGAAUUUACAAGGCUUCAUUUCUUCAGAAGAGCAGCAAGGGAAAAAGUCAAUGUCAUCUGGAAUGCUUGAUGCAUCACAGACAGGGGUAAGGAAUGUCUCUGAUCCAAGAGCUUUGGCCUCUGGCUCAUUGUUGAAUCCCUCUGCAAGAAAUCUUGGAUUUUUUGGCCAUGCUUUAAAAUCUUCACAUGGCUUUCAUCAAAAUUACUCCCCGCUGCGCCAAGUGCAGGCAAUAAUGAAUGUAGAGACUGAUCCAAGUGGGAGGGAUCUGGAUGAACAACAGGUAACUGCUGUGGCAGGGCAGCAGUCAACUUAUGGUCAUAACAAGGAUGAUGAACUGAGUUCUGCAUCAGCUCUCAAGUCAUCGCCACAUGGAAAUUCCAAAGCACCAAGUUUCUUGACUGAUGCAAGAGAAGAUCCAAGUGUAAAAACUUCUUCACCAUCUGCUUUCCAAGCCCAAGGCAUGGUUGCAUUUGGUGAAAGUGAUUCCCAGAGUCAAUCUACUGGUAAUACUGUGUUAUCUAAUCAUGCAGAAACUUCUUGGGGUAAUUUACGCAUGGCACCCAACUGGUUUAAGCAGUAUGGGACUUUCAGAAAUGGGCAGAUGCCACCAAUGUAUGAUGUAAGGUUUGCACGGACUGCUGCAGGGCAGUUCUCUCUUGUGAAGCCUUCACAGAGUCUGAACAUACAUUCUCCCGUGGAACAGAUAGAUGCUUCUGAUGCUAGUCAAAGCAGCAGAGUCUGGCCAAGUACAGCUGCCAAUUUAGUGGGAAGUGAACCAUUAGCUCCUUCUGUGUUGCCUUCAGAUGCCAUUGAUGGAAAUACGGCUAGUGUUAGACCAAAGAAACGCAAAAUUGCAACAUAUGAACUUCUACCAUGGCACAAAGUGACACAAGGGUCCAAAAGAGUUCAAGAUAUCAGUAUGUCAGAGCAAGACUGGGCACUGGCAUCCAAUCGGCUGAUUGAGAAAGUUGGGGAUGAGUUUGAAAUGUUUGAAGAUGGGCAUCAAAUCCUUCGAUCUAAGAGAAGGCUUAUUUUCACAACACAGCUUAUGCAGCAUUUGCUUGGCCCUGCACCCGCAUCCAUUCUCUCAGCAGAUGCUGCUCUGUACUAUGAUAGUGUGGUAUAUUUUGUUGCUAAAUUAUCAUUAGGGGAUGCAUGCAGCCUGACCUGCAGCAAAAGAAACAGUGCUCAUAUGCCACCAAACGACGGUAAUAUGAUUCUGGAAAGGCUUAAGUUUUCUGAGAGUAUUGAUGACCAGUACUUUUCGAAAGCUGUUGGAGACUUCACAAAUAGAUCGAAAAAGCUGGAAAAUGACUUACUGAGGUUAGACAGGACGGCAUCAAUUUUAGAUUUAAGGCUGGAAUGUCAGGAGUUGGAAAGAUUUUCAGUCAUCAACCGGUUUGCCAGGUUCCAUGUCCCCCGAGCGGAUAUGUCUGCAAUCUCUUCUUCAUCUGGUACAGUACCAACUGCACCAAGACCAUGUCCCCAGCGAUAUGUCACUGGACAGCCACUGCCGAGGAAUCUACCAGAGGGGGUACAGUGUCUUUCACUGUGA